CGGGGAAAUGGCGGCGCCGGAGGGCGGCUCUGCCGCGAUGCCCGCGGCUUGUCCCGCUCCGCCUGGUCCCUCGGCUCCCGGCUCCUGGAGCCGCUCCUUAGACCGAGCCCUAGAAGAAGCGGCGGUCAGCGGGACCCUCAGUUUGAGCGGCAGGAAGCUCCGGGACUAUCCGCGGGCCAGCGCCGCCAACCACGAUCUCAGCGACACCACCCAGGCUGACUUGUCGCGGAACAGACUGUCAGAGCUCCCAGCAGAAGCCUGUCACUUUGUCUCCCUCGAGACUCUUAAUCUGUACCAGAACUGCAUUCGAUAUAUCCCAGAGGCUGUUUUGAACCUACAGUCUUUAACAUUUCUAAAUAUCAGUCGAAACCAGCUUUCAACAUUGCCAGUACACCUCUGUAAUCUACCACUAAAAGUUUUGAUAGCAAGUAAUAAUAAGCUGGUUUCAAUACCUGAAGAAAUUGGACGGCUCAGACAGCUGACAGAGCUUGAUGUGAGCUGUAAUGAAAUACAGACAAUACCUCCACAGAUUGGCAAUUUGGAAUCCUUGCGAGACCUAAAUGUCAGAAGAAAUAAUUUGGUGCGUUUACCUGAAGAGCUUGCUGAGUUGCCUUUGAUCCGGUUAGAUUUCUCCUGCAAUAAAAUAACAACAAUACCAGUUUGUUAUAGGAACCUCAGACAUCUUCAGACCAUCAUGUUAGAAAACAACCCUCUCCAGUCCCCCCCUGCACAGAUAUGUAUAAAAGGAAAAAUUCAUAUAUUUAAAUACCUGAACAUAGAAGCAUGCAAGAUAGCUCCAGACUUGCCUGAUUAUGAUAGGAGACCCAUGGGAUUCGGAUCAUGCCACGAGGAACUCUAUUCCAGUCGUCCGUAUGGAGCACUCGAUUCUGGCUUCAACAGUGUGGACAGCGGAGACAAAAGAUGGUCAGGGAAUGAACCAACAGAUGAGUUCUCAGAUCUCCCAUUACGUGUGGCAGAGAUCACUAAAGAGCAGAGACUGAGGAGAGAAAAUCAGUACCAAGAAAACAGAGGGAGUGCAGUUGUAACUAAUGGUGGAGUGGAACAUGAUCUGGAUCAGAUCGACUACAUUGACAGCUGUGCCACAGAGGAGGAGGAGGAAGAGGUGAGGCAGCCCAAAUGCCUGGACUCAGACAGCCUCAGCUCCCAGUUCAUGGCAUACAUUGACCAGCGACGGAUCUCCAAUGAGAGCUCACCAGUAAAGCCUGUAUCUGUCAGAGAAUUUCAGAGAACAGAGGAUACAAGACGACACUUACAUCAAAACAGGGAUACAGAUGAAUUACGAAGACCUGAAACUCUAAAUUUGAUGCAGGACAGAGAGCAACACCAAGUACUAAGGAGUUAUGUGGACAGGACAGAGAGACCCCUGCCUGAUUCACCAUAUUUUCUCUCGCUGUCAAGUCACCACACCCAGAUGCCUAACACAGAUUGUGAGCUGCACCGCAGGCACAUCGAGCGCACCCGUCGGGAGGCCCAGCUGGCAGCUCUUCAGUACGAGGAGGAGAGGAUGAGAACUAAGCAGAUGCAGAGAGAAGCUGUCUUUGACUUCAUUAAGCAGAAAGUCUCCUUAAGUCCUCAGAAACAAAGUCCAAUGGAUAGUGAGUGUCCCUUUCCAUCCAGAAGGUCUCAGCAUACUGAUGAUAGUGCCUUGUUAGUGAAUGGCUUUGAGCCUCUCUUUGUGUUUGAGAUUGACAAUAACACCAAUACCAUAAAAAGGAGGCCAGGCACUCGCAAACAGUCACUCUCAGGGUUCAACCAAGAAAUCUGUGCUACUACCCUGCCUAGUGCCUCUACCUUCAGUCCUGUCAAGAGUGAUGACAGAUCUACCAUCUCCCCUGGCUCACCUACCACUCAGACAGUCCACCUUUCCCCUCCAUAUCCUGGCCAUGCAGCCCCGCCUUCCUAUAGAAACCCUUCCCAGCGACCUGAGAGUUUCCUUUUCCGAACAGCUGUCAGGGAUGAAGCCAAGAAAGCUGUUGCUUCAUCCUCUACCUGUGCCUUGUCUCCUGCUAAUGAUUCUGCAGACCCUCGAGUGAGACAGAACUGCAAACAGCGGGAAGAGGAGCUGGAGCUGAUAGAGCAGCUACGCAAGAACAUCGAGUCGCGGUUGAAGGUGUCCCUGCCCAGCGACCUCGGCGCGGCUCUCACGGACGGCGUCGUUCUGUGCCACUUGGCCAACCACGUGCGGCCCCGCUCUGUCCCCAGCAUCCACGUGCCCUCACCUGCUGUUCCUAAACUUACAAUGGCAAAGUGCAGACGAAAUGUGGAGAAUUUCUUGGAAGCUUGCAGAAGGAUUGGAGUGCCUCAGGACAAUCUUUGUUCCCCUUCUGACAUUCUCCAGCUAAACCUCAGCGUUAAAAGAACAGUUGAGACUCUUCUUUCCCUGGGGACAGAUUCAGAAGAAUCCAGUCUUGUGUCCCUUUCCGUUCAGCUCUGGGGCUUUGUGGUGUUUUACUGUACUCUAAUGCUAACGCUCUGUAUGUUCUAUCGCUGGGUCUUUUUUCUCUAGUGAAGGAUAGUGGUGCUGCUUCCUCCCUCCGUCACUCCAGUGCUUGGGAACAGAUUCUGGGCUUUGCCAAGACUGUGUGUAUGAAGUGCUUUGUUUCCCACGGAUGGGACAGAGGUGACAAGUACGAUGUGCAAACACCUUGGUGCACCCACAGCACCA